UUUAAUAGUAACCAGUCUGGAUUCUAUACACACAGUAAAGAGUAGAAUCAUUAUGAUUUAUUUCCUUUUUACAAUUUUGUUUUUAAUUCCUAAUUUUUUAAUUUUAGUGUUUUUGUACAGGAGGUAUGGAAGGUAUGCCAGAGUAAGAAAGAAGGAAAAAUCCAAGCAUAAAAUAAUAAUGGUACUAGGCCCGGGAGGUCAUACUCGCGAAAUGGUUGAGAUUUUCUCCUUGUUAGAUCAUGAAAAAUAUGAUUUUGAAUUUGUUCACUCAAAAUACGAUCGCAUUUCUCCAAAAGUGUUUUUAAAUUUUUUUGUUAGUAUUCUAAAUAGAGGAUCCGAAGAUGUUGAUGCAACAUUAGAUGAAGAAACUGUUAAAAGAAGGUUUUUUCACUCAAUUACAUUCCCAUCAAAUAAGAGUUUACUUCGCCUGUUUUUCGCCAUAUUUUUCUUACCUUGUACUCUCAAAUCAAUUGCGAUUUUAUACAAAGUUAAUCCGGACAUUGUAAUUACAAACGGACCAGCCUUAUCUGUGCCAUUUUGUUUAUCAGUAAAACUGUUGAAUGUAUUAUUAUUUAGAAAUUCGAAAGUAGUAUACGUUGAAAGCCUGACCAGAGUGAAGACAAUCUCAGACAGUGGUCGGGUGUUGUAUAAUUUUGUUGAUGGAUUUUUAGUAUUAUGGCCAUUCUUAAAGUCAAAGUACAAAAAAUUUAAUUACAUCGGAACUAUCGAGAAGCUAACUUCUUGAUUUUUUUAAGUUUCGUUUCGUAUUUCUUUUUAAGAUUUUUUAACUCUUUCUUACAGUCC